AUGGAUGAACCGGUGGAUCUGAUCCACCCCGGCUCCGGCGAUGGCGGGGGCGACUCCGGCGAGGGCGGGGCAGAGCCGUGGCGGCGGGGGCCGGAUCCGGCGGCUUACCAUCCAGAUCCGGACACUGCCGGCGAGCGGGACACCGGAGUUGAUGAGGCGGAGGCGCCUGGAGCUCGGAGACGUGGGGCCGGGCGGCGCGGCCAUGGAUCUGGUGGCAUCGGCGUGGUGUGGGUGCAGGGGACGGCGGGGCGCGCCGUCGAGGAGGCGAGGAGCGGCGGGGUCGACGAGGAGGCGGCGCAGGGAGGCGACGGUGAGCGGGAUGAGCGGGCGGCGGUAGAUCAGGCGCUCGGGCACCGGGCGGCAUGGUCGGGCCUAGAUCGGCCCAGGGUGGGCCUGAUCAGGGCCGCGCGGGCCGCGGCGGUUGGGGCGGCGCGGGGACAGGUGGCGAGGUGUGGUUGGCUGCGCGCGGCGGCGCUGGGCGGCGACAAGUGGCAGCGGUGGAGUGGUUCGGCGCGGAAAACGGGGCACGGGGGAGGCUGGAGGUUAGGGAAGGCUAGGGUUAACCUAGAUUUGGGCGGGGGAGGUGUUUAA